CUUCCACCAAUAGAAAUUCCUCCACUUACUCGCACGUGAUUGGCUUGACCCAAUCACAACGCCGGAGCCGGUUCCCACAGUAACAGCGUCCUGGAAACACACAAAUGCCGGGUGUUGAGUCCAGCCGGAGAGACGGGCACAGAGGAGUGACGGGUCCACAGCGGACCGAGCCCCCGGGCACUACACAGAAAAACAUGCAAUCCAAAAUAAUGAAUUCCGAAACUUUUACCGAAUUGCGUCCCCUCACGCGAGGCAUCACCUUUAGCGGUCGGCCAUUUUCCUCUCCAUGCCGGACCUUGUCUCGAGGCAGCAGCUCAUCGUCUGGGAAGUCUUCUCUUAAUCGUUCUUCUUCUUCAGUCAUCUCUGUUCCUGACCCCAGCCUCUCACUAAAGGACAUUGAAAUGAUAUUAUACCAGAGGAUCAAUGAGAUUCCGGAAGAUCUGAAGAAUGCAUUUUUAGCAUUGGAUGUGGAUCAGACAUACACAGUGACCAAGGGCCAGCUGUACCGGGUUCUAAAAAACUUCAUCCUGACCCUUACUCAGCCGCAGUACGAUGAAUUGUUAACAAAGAUCCCGGUCCUGGAUAAUGGUGCCAUCCCAUAUCUAGAGUUUCUGGCACAAUUCCACCGAGCUGGCACCGGUGGGUCCCAGGUGAAGAGGAGGUGGAGCUGUUCUCAAGCAAACCAAGUAAUGACUCUCAAUGAGCUGGAAACCCGACUGAAACAAAAGAUAUCUCAGAAUCUGAAAAACAUUGUUCGGUCCUGUCGGCUUUUCGAUUACAAUCAAAAUGGACAAAUCCAGAAGCAUGAACUACGACGUGUCCUGGAAAAUUACUGCUUCAAGAUGAAAACUGUAGAGUAUGAGAAAUUCUGGAACCGAUACUGUAUAGGUAAGAAGCACAGCCUGGACUACAAGGAGCUGCUGAGAAAUCUUGGCAUAAAUGUAGAACAGCACAACAAACCUGGACAGGACAGUGUUGCACAAGCGUUAAACUGGGAGGCAACCAAGCUGGAGCGGGAGAGGCAGAAACGGUGGAGAUUGCCCUCUCCGUCCAACGGGUUCAACAGCGAGGAGUGUACAUUGGAGGACCUCGAAGGGAUGUUCAGGAAAAAGAUCUCCUCCUCCCACCCGGAUCUUGUGAAGGCCUUCAGAUCGUUUGACGUAGAUCGCGCGGGAUGCGUUCCUCUGGAUGCCUUCAAGUCCAUCAUUAAUAACUUUAUUUUUCCGCUCUCCCACCGAACAUUUCAGGAGUUAAUGAGCAGGCUGAAAGUCAGAACCACAGAUGAGAUUUCUUGGGAAGAUUUUCUACAAAAGUUGCGAAAACCCGCAGUCAUGGAAAAUGGGCAAACUCUGCCAAUGAAGCCGAAUCACAGGGUCAAUUCAGUAAAAGCCAAAGACCUGUAUUUUUCAAGUGAUCACAUCCUUCAGAAACUUCAUCAACAUUUUCAAGAGGCAUAUCCCUCCUUAAAACAGGCCUUUCUCAUACUUGAUGAGGGACGAAACGGACGCGUGAGCAGGACGGAGCUGAGGCGCAUCGUGGAGUGCAUGAUGUUCCGAAUCACAGACGAACAGUUCAAGGAGUUAAUGAUCAUUCUUGACCCAGAACACACCGGGUUCAUCAGCUACCACCAGUUCCUGGACUUGUUUGAGGAGAAGGAAUCUGUUACAGGUCAUAAAUGGUUAAAUAACACAAGGAAACAAGCAAAAGAGACUCCGGUUGUGCUGUCUGUGGAUACUGUGGUCGGCAUUCUCCGUGACAAGAUCUCUGCACACUGGAAGGACCUUUCCAAGGCGCUUCAAUCAUGUGACGCCAAAGGAUCUGGUAUCGUCACCAGGGACCAGCUGAAAAAGAUCCUUCAAUCAUACUGUCCUUCAUUGUCAGAUGAUCAGUGUCAGAUAAUUUUCUAUCAAUACAACUACGACUCUUCUGACUGCAUCCCGUACAUGCAGUUUCUGCGAGACUUGGGGGUGUCUGUGUCUCGUGCUGGUGACAUCCAUGGUGUUAGCACUGACAUUGUAGAAGGAAACCAGGUCCAAGAAGAAUUACGAAAGUUUGAUCACUCAGACAGAAUGAGAGAAAUCAAUAAUCAAGCCAGCAACCUAAUCAGGAAGAUUACGGUGGACGAGGUGAUCGACAGGUUAAAGGAUUGUGUCACCAGACAUGAGUUUUCCUUGAAGGAAAGUUUCCUCACCUGCAAUAAACAAACCAAUGGAAAAGUCACCAAGAAGGAUUUUAGAAAGGUUUUGCAGGAUCACGAGCUGCAUCUAGAUGAGGAACAAUUCAACAUCUUAACUGAAAAAUUGGGAUUUACAAAGGAAGGCCUCAGCUACUUAGAUUUCGUGUCAUUAUUCGAAGUCCCAACAGGAGUUGGACCUGGGGAGAAAUUGCAUAAUAGUCCCAACCAUCGAGUGAAUAAGACCAAGUUUCACUACAUGACAGCAGAAGAGUGUCUCAGCCAGUUGUUGGAUAAGUUAAGAGAAGGCUAUGGGGACACAUACAGCGCCUUUUACAAGAUAGACAGCAACCGGGACGGCCUGAUCACAAUGCAUGACUUCCGCCGCCUCCUCGAUAGCUUCAUGUUCAUCAUCACUCAGAAGGAAUACGAACGCCUCCUCAACCUACUUGGGCUGAAUCUCACAUCCACCCUAAAUUAUACAGAGUUCCUUGACUUAUUACGAGGGCAGGAGAAAGAGGACUGCCCUCCUUGGUUGAACUCAUCGCACAGGCCCAAACAAAGCCAGGACUGCGCCGAUCUGGCCUGCGAGCAGGCUCAUUACUAUCUCCUUACAAAGGCACAAGGCAGAUGGCACGACUUAGCCAAGACUUUCUGUGAAAUCGACAGCGAGGGGAACGGCAUCAUUCAGAAGAAAGAUUUGAGAAAUGUUUUAUAUAGAUUCUCUCUUCCUAUUACAAAGAAUGAAUUCGAAAAACUCUGGCACAGGUAUGAUCCAGAAGGCAAAGGUCAUCUCACCCAUCAAGAAUUCCUCCAGAAACUUGGCGUGAAUUUUGCCAGUGGAGACAGUGGUCCGAGCAGACGGAUAGUAGAAGACAACCACCAGGCUCUGGAGAAGCACUACAGCUCCCAGCAGAAGAUCCAUCAGGAGAUGCAUGAGUUUCACAAGCACCAAACCCGAGCCCUGAACAUUAAAGAUAUAGAACAGCAGAUCAAAGAUAAGUUCAGAGAGUAUUACCCCGAUUUCGCUGCGGCCUUCAAUAAAAUGGAUAAAAACAAGGACGGAUUGAUUAGCGUGGACGACUUCCGACAGAUGCUUCAAGACUUGAACUUUAAUUUAGACGACGAUCAGUUUCUCAACCUCUUGUACAGGUUAAGGCUAAGGGUUCUCGACAACAAACUCUCCUAUUUUGACUUCCUAAAAAUGAUUGACAACGGGAGGGCUUCAAAGUACGGGCAACGGCAAGAAAUGAUUGUGCCCACCGAGAACAUCCAGAACCUCAGCCCGCACAAGAUGCUUGUUAAGCUGAAAGAGUCCGUCAAGAACUCUCAGGAAGAACUGCAUAAAGCAUUUUGCGCGUUUGACAAGGACGACACCGGCACAAUAAAGCCUUUAGAAUUACACCGGAUUCUUGACAGUUUCUGUUUUAAGCUUACGGACAAGCAAUUCAAGUACGUCCUGAGUAAACUGGCGCUGAACGAGAACAACACAAUAGACUGGAAAAGCUUCCUACAUAAUUUCCCCACCUUCACCGCCGAGCCCGUUUCCACUUGGGUAGAGAGAGUGGAGAGGGCCACCAGGCCAAGGUCUGCUCAAGAGCUAACAAUGAGGGACAUCGUGACCCACAUACAGGAAGUCAUGGCGGCGCGCUUCUACUCCAUCACCAAGGACUUCUUCACCAUAGACUAUGCAGGGAUCAACGUCAUCUCAAAGGAAGACUUCCGAGAUUUUUUCCAUAAACAUUUCAUGCUGUUAACAGAUGAACAGUUUGACCUUCUCUGGGACGUGUUGCCUGUGAACCCGUACGGUAACCUCAAAUACCACGAUUUCUUGAAGAUGUUCAGCAGGGAAGCACCAACAACUCCAUUACUGUUGUCAGGCAAUGCAGAACCCAGCUAUAAGCGAGUAUCAUCGGCCACACAGGGUCAGACGUCAGGGACCAGACGACCUAAAACGGCACCACCCACCUCGAAUAAGCCUUCUACGCCUGCUCAGAGGCCGCAUACAGCAGCACCGCGCUCCGUGCCAAUGAUCAACUGCGAGCAAGUGGAGAACAAGCUGAAAAGUAAAAUCUCCCAAUGCUGGCAGGACGUCCAUAGAGCGUUUAGAGAAAAAGACCAGGAAAAGGAGGGUCAUGUGACACCUGCGGACUUCUCAGCUGUUCUCCGGCAGUUUAUUCCGGACAUCUUGGAGGAGGAACUUGAGAAGUUAACACAGAAAUGCGAUUUAGGAAACAAUGGAAAGAUCUCUUAUUCGGAUUUCCUGCGAAACGUUACGCUCGGAGUAACACCUCAAAAAAACGCCCUCCUGCAGAGGAUGAAAGUGCAGAAGCCGCGCAUACCGAUGAGCACCGGAUUAUACGGACCCUAUUUCCUAGAUGCCAUGCUUAGAAUCCAGCCAAAAAUCCUGGACAACUGGAGACCAAUGAGAAGAACCUUUCAGUCUUAUGAUGAGACGAGGACCGGGUAUAUUAGCGUCCAGGACUUUAAACAGGUCCUACGGAAAUUUGGCGUUAACCUUUCCGAGGAUGAAUUCUUCCACAUUCUUGGUUACUUUGACAAAAAUCUCAAAUCGAAAAUAUCUUACAAUGACUUCUUGAGUGAAUUCCUAAAAUAAUUACAUACACGACACGACACGGACAUUUCCUUGAAACGUGUGAGUUGAUUUUCUGCUUUGACGAGAAUCGGGAUAAAUCAAUUUACAAGUCACCAGAGUUAUGUUAACGUCGUCCACAGCUCGUAAAGCGCGGCCUGACAAACAGCGCCGUAAUGGAAAACAAGCGCAGCAUACGAACGACCUAAAUUCAAUUAAAUUUUGGGAAAUUUUUUUUGAUUUAUGAAGCUUAAGCCCAUGUUCAGACACCAUAAAAUAAAAGCAAAUUUUUAUGUUUUUUAUUUAUUUAAAAAAAAAACUUAAAGGCUGAUUUUGUGCAUUUUUGUAGCAUUUUGAAUAUUCUUUUCUUUUUCUUUUUUUUAUGGUAAACUUAUAUUUAGGGGAGAUCACCAACCAAACAGGAAAACGCAUGUUAAAAUUUCAACAAAAAUGGCAUGUUCACACAUAGUAAAAUUAGCCAUUUUUUUACAGCCAUAAAUGGCUGAAAAAAAUAUCAUUUUUAAAAACCCCAAAAAGUUUUACAUUUUAAACAAACAAAUAAAAGUGAAGUGAAGUCUGUGAUUUUUUUUCUACUAAGCUUCAACUAUAUAAAAAAUUAUAAAUAAACUUAAUUAAUAUCUGUUAAUUGAAUCAGCAUUAUUAUUAUUUUUUUUUAAACAUGUUGGCUU